AUGAUAUCUUCAUGUAAAUACCCACCAGAUUACAGAUCCACUUCUUCAAAUUGUGGAAAUGUAGAAGUCAAGUGCUCAAUACUGAAGGAGAAAGAAAAUGUAUCAUUAACUAAUGAAAAGAUAGCUGAGUUGUACCACAAUAUGUUCAAAACAUGUGAAAAGUUGCAGUUAAAUCAUGAAAAUAAAACAACUGGACCUCAAAAGUUACAGACUUUAACUGGGCAAAAAUGUGAAUGUGGUCUGGAGAAUUAUACAACUUGUCAACUAUACCAUAAUGAUGAACAGAGAGGCAGUGAUCCUCCAACUGAGAUUUCUGUGUGUGACAUUUGCCAAAAAAGUUUUAAAUCCUUAUCUCAUUUGGCUUCUCAUAAAAUUGUACACACUCCAUUGAAAUGUUACAUAUGUUGCCACUGUGAUAAAAGUUAUAACAUUGGAGAUGAAUAUGAUCUACACUUAGCAACACAUUUUAGGUAUAAGCCAUUUAAAUGUGAAAUUUGUGAAAAAUGUUAUGCAGAUAAACAAUACCUAAAAGCUCACAUUAGAUUACAUAAUGGAGAAUCAAUUCACAAAUGUGAGAAGUGCCAUUACACGUCACCUUAUCUGUGUCGGCUAAAACAACAUCAAAAGAUUCAUCUAAACCUUCAAUCAGUUGAGGGUGUUGAAAAUGUACAAAAUUGUGAUAUUUGCCAAAAAAAGCUUUGUUUCUAUAGCUCACCAUUUGUCCCAUCAACUGAUACAUACACCUUUGCAGCUUUACAUAUGUAG